GCUAUCCGCAACGGUACGAGGUACUUCAAUAUACCCGAAGUCAUACUAAAUGAGAUCCUUGCCAAUAUAACCAUAUCGGUAUUGAGUCUCAAUCUGUGGCAUGAUGUCGCCAAUGGCACAAGCACUCGCAUCUACAAUGUCUACCACUUCCAGCGCCAUCUCAACUUUUUUUUGCCCGUACGAUCUAUGCCUCUUGUUCACCCUACCGAUCGUUGCCACGGGUUUGAUUGCUCUGCAACACAAUGGAAUCUCAGCUAUCGAUGGAGGUUUUCUCCGGAUUCCGAUGACAGCUGCGACUGGGCAAACCGUGGUCGAGACUACUGCGGGAAAGGGCUGUCUUGGCGGCUACGAGAAUAUACCAGUCGAGCUGAGGAAACUGAAGGUCCGCUUUGAAGAGCUGGUCACAUACGAGACCACGACAGAAGAUGUGAAGGCACCAGAUACAGAGUCAGCAGCCACAAGUAGGGACCAUCAUGGCACAGAGGCCAAUGAACCCGGCGAAGACAUAACCUUGAUGCGGUUAUCGCAGAGGCGUGGGACUAGCGAUGAUCAAGACCAAACGGCCAGCCAGGCUGAAGUAGCCUCUGGGAUUGAGAAGCACGAUAUGGAGAGGGCUUUGGCUCGAAGGGCAGGCUCUGGCGUAUUCAGUGAGACCUAGCCUUUGCGUAGUGGAGAUGAGCUAGGUGGCUCCUAACUUCGGUCAUUGGAAAAGAUCUGCAUGCAUCAAUCCUACACACUCAAGGCAAUAUGAUGGAGGUCUCUCGAAAGAACUAGGCCCAAAGUCCGGCGCUGAAAAGCUUGCAAAAGCUUGAGCAGAAGGGCCACAAUGAAACGAUUCGAUAGCAAACGUCAGUUGAGUUGAGGAUGACGAUACUUGCACCCCUGUUCAUCCGCGGUCGUGCCUGCAUUGACGAUGGACCCUAGCGUUCUUAGGACCGUUCCUUCCAGCUUCGCACCUGAGGGCUCUCAUCAGAGGCUCUCAUCAACACACAGAGGCUUUGAAACACCGUCAUCAACAUCACAUGACACUCGACCUCAUCGCGCAUGGCAAUUGCAACCUUCGGAGUUCGGAAUAGUAGCG